CAACCAUGAGUGUUUCCUUGACCCUGAGGUCGGCCUUGGGACCGUGUCGAGCGGCUUCCAUCGCCCGCCCAGGAAAAUCACUCUUCGCUGUUCAACAUUCGAUCAUACAAAUCCGGACCCCUUAUGUGCCAUACCAGCGUCAGGCCUACGAAGAACCCUCCUUUCCGCGAUGGCCACAGGUCUCCAGGAGAAGUGCGAGCACCUCUUCCUCUCCGUCACCAGUCCCGGUUAUUCCGUACUCCUCUUUAACAGUCGGUGUACCCCGGGAAACAUAUCCAAAUGAACGUCGCGUCGCCAUUACCCCUCAGAACGUUGCCUUGCUACUGAAGAAGGGCUUCUCGCGUGUGUUGGUCGAACGUGGUGCUGGAGAGGCAGCCGAGCUUCUGGAUCAAGCUUACGAACAAGCUGGGGCCACUCUGGUCGACCAAGCGACAGUAUGGUCACAAAGUAAUAUUAUCUUGAAAGUCCGCGGUCCUCAGCCCGGCGAUGAAGUUGAAGCUCUUCAGCAAGGCAGUACGAUCAUCUCGUUUCUGUAUCCGGCACAGAACAAACAGCUGGUAGACCAACUUGCAUCCCGCCGCGUGACUGCAUUUGCGAUGGAAAUGAUUCCUAGGAUAUCCCGUGCUCAGACCUUCGAUGCCCUUAGUUCCAUGGCCAACAUUGCUGGCUAUAAAGCUAUUCUCGAAGCAUCAAAUCAAUUCGGCCGUUUCUUGACGGGCCAAGUAACUGCUGCUGGCAAGGUCCUAGUCAUUGGGGCUGGCGUGGCUGGUUUGAGUGCCAUUGCCUCGGCUCGUCGUCUAGGCGCGAUUGUCCGUGGAUUUGACACCCGUCCAGCUGUCCGUGAACAAGUUCAAUCCUUAGGUGCAGAAUUCAUUGAAGUAGACAUACAAGAAGAUGGCUCUGGCCAGGGCGGAUAUGCCAAAGAAAUGUCCAAGGAGUUCAUCGAAGCCGAAAUGAAGCUCUUCAUGGAACAAUGUCGUGAGGUAGACAUCAUCGUGACCACUGCGCUGAUUCCCGGAAAGCCCGCGCCGAAGCUCAUUACUAAAGAGAUGGUCGCUGCUAUGAAACCUGGUUCUGUCAUUGUCGACCUUGCGGCAGAGGCUGGCGGCAACUGUGAAGCGACUGUUCCCGGAGAAUUGACCAAGUACCACGAUGUCACUGUCAUUGGAUACACUGAUCUGCCAUCGCGACUACCUACUCAGUCAUCUACUCUCUACUCCAACAACAUCACAAAGUACCUUCUGUCCAUGGCACCACAAGAAAGGUCGUUCGGCGUUGAUCUAUCCGAUGAGGUUGUACGCGGCUCAAUCGUCACUCUCGAUGGGGAAAUACUCCCUCCGGCACCACGACCAGCCCCUCCGCCGGCGCCAAAAGUAGAAGCAGCUGCUCCAGCAAAGGAAAAAGUGGACUUGGCACUGACACCUUGGCAAAAAGUAACACGAGAUGUGGCCACUGUCACCGCUGGCAUGGGAACUACUCUGGCACUAGGAAAAGCAACUGGUCCUAUUUUUAUGGGAAACAUGCUCACUUUCGGGCUUGCUGGCCUUGUUGGCUACCGUGCUGUAUGGGGAGUCGCCCCUGCCCUUCAUUCCCCGCUCAUGAGUGUUACCAACGCGAUUUCGGGUAUGGUUGGUAUUGGUGGCUUCUUCAUCAUGGGUGGGGGCUAUCUGCCUAGCACAAUCCCAGAGGCCCUUGGAGCUAUCUCGGUGCUUUUAGCAUUUGUUAACGUAUCUGGAGGAUUUGUGGUGACGAAGCGCAUGCUAGACAUGUUUAAGCGUCCAACUGACCCACCCGAAUACCCAUGGCUAUACGCGAUACCUGCUGUUCUAUUUGGUGGAGGAUUUGUUGCUGCGGCUAGUACGGGCAUGGCCGGGUUGGUACAAGCCGGAUAUUUGAUUAGCAGCGUCCUCUGCAUUGGAUCGAUCUCUGGCCUAGCAUCGCAGCAAACUGCCAGGCGUGGCAACAUACUCGGCAUUCUGGGUGUAGCAUCUGGAAUUCUUGCAUCUCUCGCAGCUGUAGGAUUUUCACCUGAGGUGCUAGCUCAAUUUGGCGCUGUCGCUGGUGUCGGAUCUAUAGUCGGAGCAUUAAUCGGGCGACGUAUUACACCUACUGGACUUCCUCAAACAGUUGCUGCGUUGCAUUCCGUGGUUGGAUUAGCAGCGGUUCUUACGAGUAUCGGAAGUGUGAUUACCGAUGUUGCAGACAUUUCAACGCUGCACAUGGUCACAGCGUACCUUGGCGUUCUGAUAGGCGGCGUCACAUUUACCGGGUCAAUUGUAGCGUUCCUGAAGCUAGCAGGUCGCAUGUCAUCCAGGCCAACUAUUCUUCCCGGGCGUCAUGUGAUAAAUUCGACAUUGCUAGGCACCAAUUUGGCUACAAUGGGUGCAUUCGUUACUAUGGCCCCAGGCUCUCCAGUCAUCGCGGCUACGUGUCUUGGUGCAAACACGGCACUCAGCUUUCUGAAGGGCUACACUACAACCGCUGCCAUUGGCGGGGCCGAUAUGCCUGUUGUCAUCACGGUGUUAAAUGCGUAUUCGGGCUUUGCCCUGGUAGCGGAGGGUUUUAUGCUCAACAAUCCACUUUUGACGAGUAUAGGAUCUUUGAUCGGUGUAAGCGGCUCUAUUCUGUCAUACAUUAUGUGCGUUGCUAUGAAUCGAUCUCUCCCCAAUGUACUCUUCGGUGGGAUUGCAGCCCCUCAACAAGCAAAGAAAAUUGAGGGUCAGGUUACGCAAACCUCUAUUGAUGAUACAGUAGACGCACUUGCCAACGCAGAGAACGUCAUUAUUGUCGUUGGAUAUGGCAUGGCAGUGGCAAAAGCACAAUACGCAAUUUCCGAGAUCACACGUAUGUUACGCGCCAAAGGCAUCAAUGUCCGUUUUGCAAUUCACCCUGUUGCCGGACGAAUGCCAGGACAGUGUAACGUACUCCUCGCCGAGGCCUCGGUGCCCUACGACAUUGUACUUGAAAUGGACGAAAUAAAUGACGAUUUUUCCGAAACGGAUGUCACCCUUGUCAUCGGUGCCAAUGAUACAGUCAAUCCCAUUGCAUUGGAACCCGACUCCCCAAUCUCGGGUAUGCCAGUAUUGCACGCGUGGAAGAGCAAGGAAGUGAUUGUGAUGAAGCGAGGAAUGUCUAGUGGAUAUGCUGAUGUGCCGAACCCGAUGUUCUAUAUGCCUGGCACAAGGAUGCUGUUCGGAGACGCGAAGAGCUCGUGUGACGCUAUCAAAGCCGCUCUUGAAGCUCGUAAAUAG